GGCCCGAGACUGGCAGAUGAAGGGGCCACUCAGUGGCCAGAGCGGGAGACGCGAGUAGAGCGCCCAGACGCCAUGUGGCCAGGGCGGGGAGAGAAAGCAGAGCCCGCGCGCAAAGGCUGAGCGCCCGGCAGCCAGACCCCAGAUCGGAAGACCCGAGCUCAGGCAGAGGGUCCGCGGGUGCCGGGCGGCCGGAGGGCAGGUCAGGGAGCCCGUGCCCGCGAUGAGCGAGGCCAGCAGGCUGUGCUCCGGCUACUACAGCCUCAACCACAGCUUCGUGGAGCCCUUCCAGUGCCCCCGGCGCGGCGAGGGGGCCGGGCUCCUCUACUGCUGUGGCUUCGCAGAUCUCAAGUACUGCUGCAGCGAGCCGGGCAGCUACUUCCCCUACAAGCACAGCUACAUGUGGAGCCUCAGCAUUGGCGCCCUGAUUGGAUUAGGAAUUGCUGCCCUUGUUCUACUUGCCUUUGUCAUCAGCGUCUGUGUCCUUUGCUAUUUAUUUCUGUAUACAAAGCCUCAAAGAUUAGACACUGGCCUUAAACUUCAACACAUCGAGGCUUCUUCCAUUCAAGAAGGCCAGCCAAAUGGAAAAACCAAAGUCCUCAACUCAAAUGCAGCAUCAAAUUCAACAAAUGAGACAUCCUAUGAAGCUGAUGAUAUAAUUCAAGAAAAAACGAUGGAUACAGCACAAAUCAACUUUGCUUAUUAACCAAAACUUCUGUGUUUUAAAGGCUCACCAGAGAUGGAGCAAUAAAAAUAAAGAAUGCAUUUGAAA